AGCUUUAACAGGCCGUGAUUUACAAGCAGCGGUGUAAGUCUGGGGUGCUCGGAAAGCGGCAGUGUGCGCGCGCGACUCACACGUGUGUAUCAGUUCCGGAGGAUGAAGCUCUUGACCCAUAAUAUGCUGCGGAGUCACGUUACCGGCGUUACACGCGGUUUCCCGCUCGCUAUACGGGCAGAAGAAGUCAAACUGAGCUCUGUGGAUUUCAGUCGAGAUUUUGUGGCUCGUAUGAUCCCUAAGCUUGAGUGGGAGGCACUUGUAGAGGCAGCGGACAGUCUAGGACAUGCCUCAGAUCUGCCUCGGGAGCUGCAGCCUGGGUAUGAAAGUGAUGAAGAGUUCUUAAAAAAAGUUCAUCAUGUUCUACUGGAGGUUGAGGUCAUCGAGGGGGCUCUGAAAUGCCCAGAAUCAGGCACAGAAUUUCCCAUCACCAGAGGAAUACCCAAUAUGCUAAUUAAUGAGGAGGCAUCAUAGAAAGUAACCAUCCAUCCUUCUGUUCUGUACACAGCUUGUGCUAAUGGACUUUUAAGUGAAAUGUCUGCUCUAGUAAAGUAAUGAGCCACACACAACAAAA